AUGUCUCGGGUAUCUGACAUUGAGGGAGAUGCCAAGGCUAAGCUUGAUGUUCGCCACGUCGAGCACAGCAAUACUGACUACAACAGGAACAUCAAUGCAAAGAUUCGCAACCCGCUCAUUGGGAUCUCCAGGUCAGACCUUCAAGUCCAGGUUGCAGGCUUCUGUCAUGAGUUCGGGUUCGCAGGUCAAGAGGAGGUCUUCUAUCGCGGCGCUCUCGCAGCUCAAAACCCCGAGACUUACGAAUCAAUAGAGGAACUGACCGAAGACGACAAGAAUACUCUCCGUCGUGAAGUCACGCAUAAAUGGCACCUCCCGAAGGAUCUUUAUUACAGCAUAGCUCUCUGCUCCCUUGGUUCCGCCAUUCAGGGUUGGGAUAACACAGGAGCUAAUGGCGCCAAUUUAUCUUUCCCUCAAGAAUUUGGAAUUGAGAACAACCAAGCUCUUGUUGGUGUAAUCAAUGCAGGGCCCACGCUAUUUGGCUUGCUGAGUGCAUGGGCUGCGGAUCCUAUCAAUAAUUACCUUGGCCGCCGAGGCACCAUCUUUCUUACUGGCCUUUUCUGCGUCUUUCCUGUGCUUGCUCAGGCUUUCACUCAGAAUUGGUGGGGUUUGAUGAUCUGCCGACUUUUCAUGGGACUGGGCAUGGGCGUUAAAAUAUCGACUAUUCCUGUGUACUCCGCGGAAGUAGCCCCUGCCACGGUCCGAGGAGGCAUAGUCACGAGCUUUCAGCUGUGGGUGGCGUUUGGCAUUUUGGUUGGAUUCUGUUCCAACUUGAUUUGGUAUCGCAUUGGUGAUCUUGCAUGGCGGUUCCAGCUUGCUGCUGCCUUUGCUCCGGCCAUACCAGUCCUGAUUUUUGUGUGGUCAUGUCCAGAGUCACCGCGAUGGCUUAUGAAAAAGGGCCGAUACCAAGAAUCAUUCAAGUCCUUUUGUCGAAUCCGAAAUACCGAAAUGAUGGCUGCUCGAGACCUGUAUUAUGCUCAUCGACAGGUAAUCGAAGAGCAUAACGCUUUCGGUGGCCAAACUCUCAUGCGCCGGAUGACAGAACUCCUUACUGUUCCUCGCUUGCGCAGGGCAACACUUGCUUCUUCUUGGAUCGUGAUCUCGCAGCAGUUCUCAGGUAUCAAUAUCAUGGCUUUUUACUCGUCGACAAUUUUUCAGCAAGCAGGAUACUCAGCCAAAGAUUGUCUACUAGCGUCAAUGGGCUUCGGGUUAAUCAUGUUCAUCUUCGCUUUCCCGGCGGUUUACAUGAUGGACACUUUCGGUCGCAGAAACCUCUUGCUCAUCACUUUUCCAAACAUGGCUUGGUGCUUGCUAGCAGCUGGGUUGAGUUUCAUGAUGGAUGCACAGUCGAGCGCUAGAGUGCCACUGAUUGCCUUUUUCAUCUAUCUUUUCACGGCCAUGUACGGACCUGGUAUCGGACCUUUGCCAUCAAUUUACUUCUCGGAAGCAUUCCCCUUGUCUCACCGCGAAAUCGGCUCGGCGUUUACCAUUUGCGUCAACAAUGCAAUUGGAAGCGCUCUCACACUGUCGUUCCCCGAACUUUUGCACAGGAUCGGGCCGACCGGGGCGUUCGGCUUUUAUGCAGGCUUAAAUCUGUUUGCUUUCAUCGUGAUUUUCUUCAUUAUUCCAGAGACCAAGCAACGGACACUGGAAGAACUUGACUAUAUCUUUGGGGUCCCCACGCGUAGGCAUGCAGCGUAUCAAAUUCGCACGUGGCUUCCUUGGUUUAUUAGAAGAUAUGUGUUUUUCGAAAAGAGUGCUCAGCUUGAGCCCCUUUACCAUCUGGAGUGA